CCCGGCGCGUGGAGCGGACAGCGCGGGCAGCGUGGAGGAGGCGCCCGGGAGGAGCUGCGGUGAAGGUGUCCUGUGCUGAGGGGAGUCCAGCGGCACCAGCUCGAUGCCAACACAGUGUCCGUAGGCUCUGGCACGCCCAGGACAUGGAUCACAGCACUGGGACAGGUCCAUAAGGGCUCCCCAGCAGGCCCCAGGCGAUGGCAGGAGCUCAGGUGGGGCUCCCGGGAGCCUGCCCUGUCUCUGACUCCGACUCUGACUCCGAGGAUGCGGUUGUGGGUGGCACAGGACCCGGUGCCGGGGCACAGAACCCCUCCCAGGUCAUCCACAGCGGCCACUUCAUGGUGUCGUCCCCGCACAGCGACGCGCUGCCCCGGCGGUGGCACCACCGCGCCGACCCCCGGAGCAUCGACCCGACCCUCACACGGCUCUUCGAGUGCAUGAGCCUGGAGUACAGUGGGAAGCUGGUGUCACCCAAGUGGAAGAAUUUCAAGGGGCUGAGGCUGCUUUGCCGGGAUAAAAUCCGUCUCAACAACGCGAUCUGGAGAGCGUGGUACAUCCAGUAUGUGGAGCGGAGGAAGAACCCUGUGUGUGGCUUCAUCACCCCUCUGGAGGGGUUGGAGGCUGAUGAGCACCGAAAACCGGAGGCUGUUGUGCUGGAGGGCAAGUACUGGAAACGCCGCAUCGAGGUGGUGAUGAGGGAGUACCACAAGUGGAGGAUCUACUACAAGAAGAGGCUCCGAAAGUCCACGCGGGAGGGCGAGAUCUCCAGUCCAAAGCAGGACGAGGAUGUCUGGAGGCCAACAGAGAAAUGGUGCAACCAGCUCUUCUGCAACGUGGUGCCAAUGCUGCUCGGGGAUGAGGAAGAGGAGCCCGGGAGCAGGCAGCACUUUGACUUGGACACCUUCCUCUCAGACAUAUCUGACACCCUCUUCACCAUGACACAGAUGCCCAGCACCCACCAGGCACUCCCCGAGGAUGUGUAUGUUGGGAAUGCUGACAUGAUACAGCCGGAUUUGGCACCCCUGCAGCCCAGCCUGGAUGACAUGGAUAUCUCAGAUCUCUUCUUCAGCCACCGAACACCCCCAUCGCAGACACAGCUGGGCUACCAGGAGCCGUCCUGCUUCUUGCCCAUGGCUGAGCCCCUGUUUGACACCGGGGGGUCCCUGAUGGGUACUCGGGGGCUGCCUGCAAGCCCUGAGGCCCCACUCUCCCCUGGCACCCUCCUCCAGCCUGGCAGUGCCUCCCAGCUCAGCCUGCACAGCGCCUUCCUGGGCCCCGAGGUGCCUCCAGCCCCCCUGCCCCCUGAGCCCUCCUCUGCAGUGCCCAGCAGCCUCAACCCCCAGCUCCGACACAAGCCCCCGCUGCAGUACGACCUCCCCACCAAGUGCCUGAGCCUGGAGCCGCACUCACCUACCUCCCAGCUUGGGAAUUGUCCCCCCCUCCCCACGUUGGGAAUUGCCCUAUCCAGGUUGGGAAUUGCCCCCUCUUGGCUGCUGGGGGAGAGGGGGAGAAGGGGCGGGGGGGACAGGGCUCAGAGGGAGUCAAACUUUGCUGUGGGCUGGGCAGACACGGGGGAAAGGAGGGGACAUGUGGCUGGAGGUGGCAGGAGUCACCUGAGUGUCUUCUGUAAAAGAACCAGGGCAGAGCAGCAGAGCACUGUUCCCAAAGUCCCUGCCACCUUCCUCUCCAGAACAGCCCAGCUGAGCCCAGGACUGGAUCCUGGCUCCAGCCCUUCCCCAGUGGUGCCGGUGCCGCUGGCGGGCACGCAACCGGGCUCCCUGAGAGUCCCUAAGGCAGAGCAGCUGUCCCCCACCUCAGCUUGUGGCAGCAACUGGCGCAAGCCCAGCCAGGCUUCUCCAGGACUGACUGCAGGGCUGGGCACUGGCAUCUCCAUGCACCACACCGUGCCCCGUCGGGGCAGGCCUGAGUCCAACAAGCUGGAGAGCCGCCGCAUCACGCACAUCUCCGCCGAGCAGAAGAGGCGCUUCAACAUCAAGCUGGGCUUUACCACGCUGCACAGCCUGGUCAGCACGCUGAGCACCCAGCCCAGUAUCAAGGUCAGCAAGGCCACCACCCUGCAGAAGACAGCCGAGUACAUCUGCAAGCUGCAGCAGGAGCGGGCAGCUCUGCAGGACGAGGCGCAGCGGCUGCGGGAGCAGAUCGAGGAGCUCAACAGCUCCAUCAACCUGUGCCAGGAGCAGCUGCCAGCCACGGGGGUGCCCAUCACGCGCCAGCGCUUCGACCACAUGCGCGGUAUGUUCGACGAGUACGUCCGCUCCUCCACGCUGCAGAACUGGAAGUUCUGGAUCUUCAGUAUCAUCAUGCGGCCCCUCUUCGAGUCCUUCAAUGGGAUGGUGUCCACGGCCAGCAUGGAGAGCCUCACCCAGACAUCCCUGGCCUGGCUGGACCAGCACUGCUCCCUCCCAGCGCUUCGGCCGACCGUCCUGAGCUCCCUGCGGCAGCUGAGCGUCUCCACCUCCAUCCUCAGCGACCCUGCCCGUGUCCCCGAGCAGGCGGCGCGGGCGGUGGCGGCGCUGGGACGCGGCGCCUCCUCCUCCUGACUGCCCCGGGGGGGGCGGCC